CGCUAUGGCCAGUUCCGUAACCACACCACCAUGUCCUACGACUCCUAUAGCUCCUACCACACCACCAUGUCCUACGACUCCUAUAGCUCCGACCACACCACCAUGUCCUACGACUACUGGAGCCCAUACCAUACCACCAUGUCCUACGACUACUAGAGCUCCUACCCCACCACCAUUUCCUACGAGUACUAGAGCUCCUACCACACCGCCAUUCCCUACAACUACUCCCAUCAGCACUCAGACACCAGUCUCUACGGUGACUCCGACACCUGCCUCUAGUACGACUGCGAGACCUGCUCCUGCCACCACAACGCCCAGUA